ACUUUCGUUGACCCCAUUAGAGCCUCUUCUCCUCUCCUCUCCUCAACUCCACCGUAUAUUUAUUUAUACUUGCAACUCUGCAAUACACGCUACUUACUGUCUUCUAUAUACUGUACCUGGUCUUUCAUCCCUGUAUUCUGCCCAACCCUAGAAUUCCACUCAUUCACGAUAAGCGCUUCUUAUAUUAGGUGAAAUAUUGGCUUCUUUUGUCGUCUAUAGAUGUAUGUGAAUGUGUAGGGGUUGCUGAGGCUCCGGAUUUGAUAGCUGCUGUUCUGAUUAUGGAGAGAUCCUCUGGACGGGAUUUCAAGGACUUCACCGACUCAUCUAGUUCCGCUUCUGAUAGUGGAGUUUUCAACGCUUCUCAAUAUGCCUUCUUCGGGCGGGACAUUGCGGAGGAAAUUGAGUUGGGCGGUUUAGAGGAUGAGGAGGUGCGGGAGGAUGCUAGUAGUACCGGUGCUCCUGUUGCCGGAGGAUUUGGCGGUGGCGAGGAUGGGGUGCAUGAGUAUCACUUAUUUGAGAAAGAAGAGGGAUCUGGAAUAGGAUCUUUAUCUGAUUUAGAUGACCUAGCAACAACCUUUUUGAAGUUGAACAGAGUUGUUGCAGGUCCAAGACAUCCUGGGGUUAUUGGUGACCGUGGAUCGGGAUCUUUUUCAAGGGAAAGUUCAUCUACAGCUGACUGGGCAAAAGAUGCUGAUCUUCCUGACUGGCUUGAUCAACAUUUCUCUGAUACUGAAUGUUACAGGGAAACCAAAAGAUGGUCUUCUCAGCCACACCUCUCUUCUAUACAUCUUUCGGAGUCAAAACCACUUUAUAGAACAUCUUCAUAUCCUGAGCAGCAACCACAGCAGCUACAACACUGCUCCAGUGAACCUAUUUCAGUACCAAAAUCUGCUUUCACUUCCUUUCCUCCUGGUGGCAGAUCUCAACAGGGUUCACCGCGUGGCUUUUCCCAACACCUUAAUAUUUCCUCACUUGGGCAUCAGUCACCAUUCUCUGCUACAAAUUUGUCUUCUCUGUCAAAUUCUAAUGCGCAUCUGUCUGGGUUUCCUCAUGGGCUUCAGUAUGGAAAUAUGCCCCAAUUAACCUCUCCUGGUUUCUCUGUAAAUAACCACCUACAAAACAGUUGGGCCAACCAUUCAAACCUAUAUCAUGAUGAUCAUUCUAGCCUCUCAAACAACAGUUUGCCACAUCAAUUCCUGCAACACAAUGUGCUAUUUUCACCUCAGUUGAUGUCCUCCCAGCAGCGAAGACUACAUCUUUCUGCUCAAGCAUCUCUUCCCCAUUUUCCAGUAAUGCGGUCCCAAUUGCAUAAUUCUCUUUCUGCACCAUCUCACCUGGGUAAAUAUGUACUAUCUGAUGUGAAAGAUUCGAGACCUAAAUCACAUAAAGGUAAAAGUGUGAGAUUUGCUCAACAAGGCCCUGAUUCAGGUAGCCAGAAGAAUGAAAGUAGUGUCUUGCAGUUCAAAUCCAAGUAUAUGACAGGUGAAGAAAUAGAACAUAUUCUCAAAAUGCAGCAUGCUGGAACUCAUUGCAAUGAUCCAUAUAUAGAUGAUUAUUACCACCAAGCUCGACUUGCUAAGAAGGCAGCUGAGUCGAGAACAAAAUAUCGUCUCUGUCCAAACAAGGAGCAACCUUCACGGUCUCGUAAUAGCACAGAGUUACUGCCUCAUCUACGUGUUGAUUCUCAAGGACGGGUUUCCUUUUCUUCCAUUCGUAGGCCGAGCUCUCUUCUUGAAGCCAAUCCACCAGGCUCUUCUGUUUGUGGCAGUAGUGAGCAGAAAGUACAAGAGACCCCUUUGGAGCAGGACCCUAAGUUUGCUGCUAGAAUUACAAUAGAGGAUAGUUUCUAUCUUCUUCUUGAGGUUGAUGACAUUGACCGGCUUCUUCAAUUUAGUCAGCCACAAGAUGGAGGUGCUCAGCUUAGGCGAAAGAGGCAGAUGCUUCUGGAAGGUAUGGCGGCUUCACUUCAACUUGUUGACCCACUUGGAAAAACUAGCGGCCCAUCUGAGCUGAGUCCAAGGGAUGACAUUGUGUUUCUAUGGUUGGUCUCUAUUCCCAAGGGCCAGAAACUCAUUUCAAGAUACCUUCAGCUUCUCAUUCCUGGUGGAGAUCUUGCUAGGAUUGUUUGCAUGGCAAUUUUUCGUCAUCUAAGGUUUUUAUUUGGUGGUCUAUCAUGUGAGCAUGGGGCAGGUGAGACCAUUUCUAAUCUUGCAAAGACAGUGUCAACCUGUGUCAGUGGUAUGGAUCUUAAUUCACUUAGUGCUUGUCUAGCUGCUGUAGUAUGUUCCUCAGAGCAACCACCUCUCCGCCCACUUGGAAGCCCUGCUGGGGAUGGGGCCUCGCUCAUCUUAAAAUCUGUUCUAGAAAGGGCAUCUUACCUGUUAACUGAUCCUCAGGCUGCAAACAGCUUCAGCAUGCCUAACCCUGCCCUAUGGCAGGCAUCAUUUGAUGCCUUUUUCAAACUUCUUACGAAAUAUUGUGUUAGUAAAUUUGAUAAUAUAAUGCAAGCAGUUGCACAGACAGAAACAAGCACAGACGUAAUUAGUCCAGAGGUAGGGAGGGCCAUAAACAGAGAAAUGCCUGUGGAACUUUUACGUGCUAGUCUUCCCCACACAAAUGAGCUCCAGAGGAAGAUGUUAAUGAAUUUUGGCCAGGGUUCCAUACCUCUUGCAGGAUUCAACUCUCGUGGUGGAAGCAGCAGAAAAAUAAAUGCCGAGUCUGUGAGCUGUUAGCAGGGAUGUCAAAGGUGUCAUUACAAUAUCCUAGUUGUAUAUACAUAAUUCUCAAGGUCAUCACUUGGCUGCUUGUGCCAUUGAAUAACCAGAAACAGAAACAAGGGUAUGCAUAUACUAUAGGCAUCAUUUUACUGCCUAUAGUGUUCUCUCCUUCAUGUCAACUUGUUUUCUUCCCCUCCCCGUUCUCUUUGCACUCUCUCUGCAUCUUCUUUUAUUGUUCUCGUUUCUGGGUUAGAAUAUGUUCUCUCCUUGUGACAAGACAAUGUCUUAAUAACUUUGUACUAUGUGAAUGAGUGAAAUUCUGUUCCAAGAGCUU